AUGUCUGGUCAAUGGAGAACGGUCCUCAAGGACCAGCUCAGAAUAGGCAAGUCAACUGUCAGGGCGCCGCAGUUGCCGACUAACAUUUUCUCAGAUGAUGCCGUAGUCGCUCAGAACAACACACACAUGCCGGGAACCGAUGCACAAUGGUGUCUCUGGAUCAUGAACCAACUCUCUACGACCAAACAUUGGCACAUGGCUGAGCCUUUUUUCAAUCUCGGCAAACAUGGAGUCGUCGACAUCCAGACAGCCAACCAAAAGCUCCACGAUGGAGGUUAUGCCAGCGCGGCCGAGCUCGAGUCGGAUCUCUUGUCCAUCCCUGACAGAUAUCUCAAGCCAAAGGAGGUCCAGACCCCUAGACACGUAAAGGCUACUUCCACCUCGAGUGCUGCGGCCCCAGCCUCUUUCGCCAUCUCUGACGAUGCUGCCAUCGCCUCUCCUCUUGUUGCUCCUACUCUUGAGCCCCGUGCUGCGACUCUGCAGCUUUCUGAUCGCUUUAGUCGACCAUUGCACGUCGACUCCAGGCACGUCGUGAGNAAGAGAAAGGCCACCGACGGCGACGGCAAUGGCACGAGCUCCAAGAGAGCUCGUCAGGUGGCUCUCAAGUACAAGUAUCGUGACCUUCGUGUCGAGAUUGCCGGAGUCUUUGACCGAGAGAUGAGCCUUGUCUACGAGUCCAAUUCCAGUAUGGAGCUUGACGAGAACGCACAGCGCUAUGUCAGUAACAUUGCUCACAUGGAUGACCGCGCCAUGGACAAGGCCAAAAAAGCAGACUUGAACGAGAUCAAGGAAGACUGCAUCGAGAAGAUUGAAGGGUUUCUCGUGAAGGCCGUUCUGGAUUCCAUUCACAAGAUGCUGGCUGAAAAGGGUCAGUCAAUUCAGCCCAGAGUGUCAUUGUCCAGCAGGGUGGAGGAAGAGGAGGACGACAAUGACUUUGAGACACCCUCGCAAGCCAGGCUCCGAAGAAGCAGUCGCGGAGAAGACAGAGUGUCAAAAGAGCACAUGGCAGGUCCGAUCGAGCGCAACAAGGAGACCACCUGCGAUUGUCAUGGGUUCAGGAAGGAAAGUGAGACGAUGAUGGUCGAAAGGAAGAGCAAGCGCGAUCGUCAGGAGAUCCCCAGCACCAACAACGCAAUGUCAAGCUCCACACCCAACAAACGCAUCUUCGCCCCCGGCGGCACAAACGACUCCCAGCAAGCCCAGCAAUACACAAAAGGCAGUCUCGACGCCUCUCAACUCGACCCCAACCCUCUGACCCAAUUCGACGUCUGGUUCACCCACGCCAAUGCCGAAAAAGUACAUCAGCCCGAAACAGUGACGCUGAGCACCGCCGAACUGCCGUCUGGAAGAGUCAGCGCACGAAUGGUGUAUCUUAAAGAGUUGGAUGAGAGGGGUUGGGUGGUAUACAGCAAUUGGGGCACUAGCAGAAAAGCCGCAGAUGUCAAGAGUAAUCCUCACGCCAGCUUGACUUUUUGGUGGCAUGAGCUGGAGAGACAGGUCAGAGUGGAAGGAAAAGUGGAGAGAAUGACUAGUGAAGAGAGUCAGGUUUACUACGACACGCGCAUAAGAGGCAGCAGGUUGGGUGCUUGGGCCAGUCAACAGAGCAGCAUCUUGAGCAGUCGCGAAGAGCUGGAGAAGCAGGUCGAUGAUGUGGAAAAGCGGUUCAAUGGUCAAGACAAUAUUCCCGUGCCCGAUUUCUGGGGUGGUAUCAGGAUUGUGCCAGAGAUGGUUGAAUUCUGGCAAGGACGACCCAGUCGCUUGCACGAUCGCUUCAGAUAUACAAGAGAUGAGAACAGCGAGUCUGGAUGGAAGGUCGACAGAUUGAGUCCUUAG